CCCGCCCGGCCCGCGGCUCGAGGAGGAGUUUGCGGAGCGGCCGCUCCAAUCGCGGGCGCGGAGGCUGAGCCAGCUCCUCCCUCGCUCCCUCCCUGCCUCCCCGAGCGGCUCCUGCAAAGUUUGAGCACCUGGGAAGCCGGCGCUGCCCUGCAGCCCCCGGCUCGGGGUCCCCCCUGCUGCCUGCGGGGAUGCGGGGGGCAGCAGGAGGGAGGUAGGGGCGGGACGGGGGCUGCGUGUCUCUGCGGCUGCAGCUGGACCCCCGGGGGCAGGUGAGCCGGGCUGGGACCCCCAUGCGCGGGGUGGGGGGCUGCAGGCAGGGGGCAGCUGGGGGGAGGAUGCCGGGCACUGCCCUCCAUGGAGUCCGGUGCCGGCCACGAUGACUUUCCCCGCCCCGCUUAAUGCCAGCGCGCCCGAGGGCAACCAGACGGCGCCCAGCCCGGGCAACCGCAGCUGGGCGCCGGGGGACGAGGGUGCCGCGGAUGGCAAUGGCACGUCGCUGAGCCCGGGGCUGGACCUGCAGGCGGUGGGGCUGGGGGUCUUCCUGGCGCUCUUCAUCCUCUCGGCCAUCGUGGGCAAUAUCCUGGUCAUCCUGUCGGUGGCUUGCAACCGGCACCUGCAGACGGUGACCAACUAUUUCAUCGUCAACUUGGCCAUCGCCGACCUGCUGCUCAGCACCACGGUGCUGCCCUUCUCGGCCACCCUGGAGGUGCUGGGCUUCUGGGUCUUUGGUCGCAUCUUCUGCAACAUCUGGGCAGCGGUGGACGUGCUGUGCUGCUCGGCCUCCAUCAUGAGCCUCUGCAUCAUCUCGGUGGACCGCUAUAUCGGCGUCAAGUACUCGCUCAAGUACCCGGCCAUCAUGACCGAGAGGAAAGCGGUGGUCAUCCUGGUGGUGGUGUGGCUCUCCUCCAUGGUCAUCUCCAUCGGGCCGCUGCUGGGUUGGAAGGAGCCCCCGCCGCCGGACGAGAGCAUCUGUAGCAUCACAGAGGAGCCGGGGUAUGCCCUCUUCUCCUCUCUCUUCUCCUUCUACCUGCCCCUGGCCGUCAUCCUGGUGAUGUACUUCAGGAUCUACGUGGUGGCCCGGCGGACCACCAAGAGCCUGGAGGCGGGGGUCAAGAAGGAGCGGAGCAAGUCCAUGGAGGUGGUGCUGAGGAUCCAUUGCCGGAGCGUGCUGGAGGAUUCCCUCUCCAGCGCCAGGAACAAGGGGCACAACCUCAGGAGCUCGCUCUCCGUGCGCCUGCUCAAGUUCUCCCGCGAGAAGAAGGCGGCCAAGACCCUGGCUAUUGUGGUGGGAGUUUUCAUCCUCUGCUGGUUCCCUUUCUUUUUCGUCCUGCCCUUCGGUUCCUUCUUUCCAUCCCUGAAGCCGUCAGACAUGGUCUUCAAAGUCAUCUUCUGGCUGGGGUACUUCAACAGCUGUGUGAACCCUCUCAUCUACCCCUGCUCGAGCAAGGAGUUCAAGAGAGCUUUCAUCCGGCUGCUCAAGUGCCAGUGCCGCCGGAGGCGGCGACCGCUUUGGAGGGUGUAUGACCACCACUGGCGGGGAGCCUCCAUGAGCAGCUCUGGGCGGGAUUCAGACCCAGACAUGAAGCCCAGAAUUGCCACCCUGAACAGCUCUUUCAUAUUUCACUCCUCGCCCCAGGAAAGAACCAGUCAGAGGAGAACGCUAAGCUUCAGAGGGUGGAAAAUGCAUUUCCAGAAGCCAUCCUCCACCCAGCUGAAGGAGAAGAUGAACAGCCUCUCCCACAAAAUCAGGGGUGGCUCAGGCAAAGGGAGUGUGACCGCAGCUUACAAGACAGAGGUUGAGUCCGUUUCUAUAGCGAUCCCUAAUGACUUCACGGAAACUAUUGACUAUCAAACGUAUGACUUAACGGACUGCUGUGGGCUGAGAGAAACAGAUAUUUAAAGCCACUGGGACAGCUGUUGGGUCUCUCGCUCUUUUUUCUAUGUGCAUUACAUGGAAUGGGUAAAAGAUACUGUCCAUGUGCUUGUCCAGUAGAAGCAACGAUCAGGUGUCCCCGGAUGCAAACGCCACCCACUGAGGUUAUGCAGUGCUCUGAGAACAGAGGUUCCUCCUGGGAGGAAACAUCUGGAGCUUCAGGAAAUUAUCAGAUCAUGCUGCGCGAUGGUGAAGGAAGUGGUGGGAGAGUGGGGCUCUUGGGACAGGGUCUGUUCCAUCUCGUGUAAUAACACCUUGGUGUCUCAAAGGAGCUGUGCAGCUCACGGGAAAAUGGGAUGAAUCUUGUGAGAUAAAAGCAUCGCAUGAUCAAGUCCAUUAAGACACCAACGUUGAAUGCAAUUCUACUGUCUUAGUGCAUCUGCUCAUGUUGUCCUUUCAAGGUUGUUUCCAGCAAGGAACAACCUUGCCGACAAGUAACGCCUGACAGAGGUGUUCCUUUAGCUCUAGUGGUAAGAGCUUGUAGGCACAUGGAGGAGGGGACUGUAACAAACCCCUAGAUCAUCAAGUCCAGUCCUUCAUUAAUGCAGGCCACCGCAUCAUGUAAUCCUGGUCCAGGCGUGAUCGCUGCUGUGGACUGUGGUGGCUGCAGUUUACUACCUAAGCAUAAACUGGGUUUAUGCCUCAAUAGUCAUUCUUGCACACUGAAGCAAAUGAGAGCGCGGGUCUUUUUUCUAGUCCAAAUCUCUGAACUUUCCAUAGGCACCACUAGCCCUCCUACUGUUGACCACACCCCAGCCCUUCAGCAUCAGCGCAGGGAAGGCAAUGCCAAACAUGCCUUUUGCGAUUGGUCAUGCGUGGUUCUCUUCCUUCCCUUUCCUCCUCGCACAUCUAUUUGCCUCUUCCUCCUUCAAGCUGUUCAGGUGUUUUCAGCUGAUCUGGGUCAGGAUCAGAUGCAUUGUUCUUGUUCCAUUUAAAUACAAUUCCAACCCAAGACUGCCUGGUUGUACAAGCUGAAGUAGUCAGUAGCCAGCAGCACUCCUCAUUUGUGCGCGCAAGGGCACAUUGUUUAUUUUGUAUUUUGUCUAAAGUGCACAGAGCCAACACAGGAUGCCUCAUCCAAGAGGAUGCAGUGGCUUCUGGGUACUCAGGCAAUGUGGAGAAAGAUGAUGUGUGACCCUCCAGGAGGGCACCAUCAGUAGCACAUCCAUUCACUGAGUCCCGGCACCGAGUUAUGUGUUGUGCUUCCUAGCAUAUUUGCACUCGGACAAUUGGUUUGUCAAACCCUGCCCAGAUGUGUAUCCUAGAUGUUUAUUUUACUGAGAUUUUUAGGCAGCUGUGGAGCCCAGGAGGCUCCCAACCAAACCUCCUACAAGAUAAGAAAUGGGCCACAAAUCUAAAAACUCUGUGGUCCUGGGAAACCUUUAGAUCUUAACUCAGUCUCAGUUAACUCAGGCCCACUCUCAAAUGCAAGUAAAGAAACAGGAAAACAAAUUCCAGUGUGGAGCCAUUAUGCCAAAUUGGUCCCCAAUGUAAACCCAACAGCAUCAGCAGAGUCCCACCUGGGACAGAAGUUGGCCCAUUGAGCCUCACACGUCUUUCAUUACUGGAGCCUGGACUAGUUUACGUGGUAUUUCUGACUGUGAUUUUGUUAAACAAGGAAUCUAGCUGCCAGGCUCACAGAGUUAGGAAAACAGGGUGUUAUGGCUUUUCUCCUGCUUUCUGUUUGCUUUGCAACAGAAAUUCAAUAUAAAAAAUGUUUAAACAAAACAAAACAAAAAAACCCCAAAAAACCAAGGGAAGAGAGUCUACUGUAAUGGAUACCCAAAUGUGGUACACGGAGUGGUUCAUAUCUGAGUUAUCAUAACACCUUCCUACCCUUUUUGCUAUGAUACUGAACUGGAUGAGUUACUGCACAAGCAGUUCUGGGGUUUUUCAAAAUCCUUCCCUGCAGAAAGCCGGUAGCAUGAAGCAGCACCAGCCAAAACCGCACCCACACCGAGCCCUGUCUGCUUUGGGUAGCAUGUGCAUUCAGAGAGGGCCAAAGUCCUGGCUCAGCAAUGCCAGCUGGUGGACGGCAUUCCCAGCUCAGUUUUGCCAUGCCAAUGGCAACAUUCCCAGUGGGAAGUCUAUGGGAAAGGUAUUUUGAUUUUCCCAAUUAUUUGUUCUUGAUUCGGGUUCGUGAGACACACCCUCCAGUGCUGCUAAAAGAGGCAGAUCUGGGAACAGCAGGGCACAUCUACACAUGCAUUAAUGCACAUUAGUUACUGCACAUUUAGUUUAGUGCCUGUAUUAACAGGCACAGCACUAACUAAAUUUUCAGUAACUAGCUCUACUGUGCAGAAGUGCCGGCACAUGCAUUUUAGGUGACACUACUACACAGGAGACUAAUUCUACUAUGCAUUAGCAUGGGGUUUGCCCACCACACGGAUGUGCAGAAGAACUAGUCUACUGCGCUCAAAGCAUCUCAUGUAAAUAUGCCCACAAAGUGGCUGUUUAGUACUGUAAGAGCCAUGUCAGCACGUGGUUUGAUGUACAAAUCUUGGCACAAGGCCAUUGCUCUUCCUUCCCCUCUCUAUUGGGUCCUCGUCCUUGGGGGGUGAAAUCAGGUCUUGCCAUUCAUUCAGUGUCUGGGGUCUGGCAUUCACUCCCAACUCCCUGACUUUUAUUUAGAGCAGCUGAAAUCCCAACGGGGUCUCCAUCCAAAUACUGUCCAAUUUGCAGAACUGCUUAGCGUCUAAGAGCAGGUGCAUUCAUUCUAGCAUGGGCCAUCUCCUGCUCCUACCACACACAUGAGAUUCCCACUGCCAUCAGUGAGAGCUUUUCAAUUUGCAGUCCUUCUUUAAUUAAUGCUAACCAUUUGGAGCUAAAUUCCUCCUGCCAGUAACGCGAAUGGACAGAGUUGGACUGGGCCUUUCUAAAGCAUUUGGCUAAUCCACCCAACCUGAGAUAAAGCAAUCGGGGUCAGAGAACUGUAAGAAAGCACAAUACAGGCAAAGCCAGAGCAGUUCAUGGUCACUGGUGCUGGGAUCCAGGCAGUUUGGGUGGAGUUGUGGAAAAAAGGACAAGGAGAAGUCCCACAUAUAUUGAACAAAACACUGAUCAUAGCAUGAAUGGGGUGGGGGCACUGUGCCAACUGGAGUAAAAUGCGUGCUAAAUGUUUUAUACCUUUCUGCUGGUGUAAAAAGGGAGCAGAUACAUGAUGUCAACCCCUGCACUAGUGUUCUUACCAGAAUCCGGUGUAGCCAGAAAAACACAGCAGUAUAAAUGAACUGGGGUAGGCGCCACUGUUGUAGGUAGAUGUUACGUACCUUCAGUUAUCUUGGAGUAGACACAUGCCCUAUGGAAACAGGCUGUUACAUGCACCUUCACCUCCUAAAGCACUAGAACAGCCUCUAUAUGGCAGCUACUCGUCAUCUGUCCACUCAGGACCAGGGUGUAAUUUCCACUGGAGUACCAACCCAAUGAAAAUUAAGCCAGUGUUAGCUUGUCAUAGGUCCAGGUCUAGAGAGACAUGGAGGGUAUAAAAGAUCCUUUCAUUCUGCCUUCAUCUGCCAUUCCACACAUGUGAGCACACAGUUCACUGACACUGAAGAAAGAUUUUCACCAUCAUCCAGGGGUGAGUAACCCAUUUGGAAGGGACGGCUGUGUGACACAUCUGCCAUUCGGAGGACUGGUGCUCCUGGGCAAAGGAAAGAAACCCCACCCGUGGGUACCCCAUUUCUGGGCCGCUAUUUGGAUGCUGCAGUUUGUAGAUACAAGUUAUUGUGGGUGCAAGUGAGUAGCUGCUAUAAUGUGGGGGGAUCCAGCAGGACAUUUAGCCAUCUAAGUAACUAGCAUGCACCUUGAAUAUUAAUUGCACCUACCACAAUAGAGUCCUAGCAAGAGGUUGUAUAGAUAUUUGGCCUCCUUCGAUAACAUCAAGGGAAUUACGUGGGUCACUCCUCACACGGCAAAAUGAGAAUCCAUCCAUCCACCAGUCCAGAGGUGUGUGUGUAGCUGUGUCUCUAUGUGCAUAUAGAUAAGUACACACAUAUAACAUCAUGUCCCCAAAUGAUAGACAUUUCCCUACAAACUAGAGACUUUGCAGUGCUUUCUAUCUGUUGCUGGCAAACAGUUUAUUGAAGAUUUCUCCUUAGUAGCUGAGAUGGUUGCUAACCCUUCUGUCUGAUCUUUUAAAUUAGUGGGUUUUUUGUUUCAUUUUUAUGUCUUAAAAUACUUAAGUUUACAGCCUCCAAUGCUUUGAAAGCACUUGGUAAAGCAAUGCCUGUUUGCUUGGUGUUUUAUUGAUUUUCCCUCUAGGUUCUGUUCAAAGCUGCAGGGGAUUUGCCGGGACAAAAGUAGGCGUAAGCCUUACACAUACACAUACAUCUCCAUUAUUUGCUAAUUGCAGCUGUGCCAGUGUUUAAAUUAAGUCAUUUGGCGAGUCCGCCGAGCAUAGACUAGAAAUAUCUAGAUGCAUCCACUAUAAAAUAGUGUCAUAAAACCUGCCAACUGCUGCAGUCUAGUGCAUUACGGUUAAAUAUUUAUAUUAUAUAUAUAAAAUCAGGGAUGUACCUUUCCCCCUUGCAAGGAUAGUUUUGUGCUAAGGAUUUAAAUCUACCCGAGGAAAGGAUUUCAGCAGAAACCUGGGUGUAAUCCUUCCACCAGGUCUUGCCUACUUAUGUCAAGCAGUGAGCGAAGGAAUUUUGAAAGAUGGGAUUUUCAACCUGAGUCGAUACUGACUUGGAUGCAUACCGUAGUUACUCAAAUCUAAGUCGACCCUGAAUUUAAGAUGAAUGUAUAAAUUAGUUAGCAUUUUCCAGGUAUUGAAUCUAAUUAUCAGAGGGCUGUCUUGACUUCAUCUCCCUCCUACUGCCCCCUUGCCCCUCCCCACUUUUUUCCCCUGAAACCUUCCUGCCCCACCACCACUGGGACCCCCCCCCCAGUUCCCCAUAGCCUCUCCCCCUCCUCCCUCCUCCCCAGAAUCUCUGUCCUUUCCCCCUGCUCCCUGCAGUCUCUGCCCCAAGCCCCGCUUACUGUCAGAUGCUGCUUGAUCUAGUCCCUCCCUGGAGCAUAGCACGUGCAAGCUCAACCCUGGCCAAGCCAUGUAGCAGCAGAGGUGCUGUUGACUGGCCAAGCAGGGGACGCAGUUUCCCUGUGCUCCAUGCCCAGGAGGGAAUCCAGCCUGAGCUGGAGCCGAGUUGUACCCGACAGUAAGGGGAGAGGAUGGGGGGGGGACAAAAGCUGCACUGGACAAGUGGAGGGGGAGGCAUGGCUGCCGUGGCUUUGACUUAGGCCCUGACCCAGGUUCAAGGCCCGAGUUAGAGCCGCAGCAGCCACUUGCCUCACCCCAUCCACCCUGCUUUGUACACAAAUCUAAGAUGUCCAUCUCCCCCCUUGCUGAUGACGGGGGGGAGGGAUUCAUCUUAGAUUUGAGUAAAUAUUUAAUUAUAGCCGAGGCUGAUCUUAUGUCAGAUCUUCAGAAGAGUAGCGUCAACAUCAGCAGGAAAAGGAGAAGACCCCCCCCAGCUCCCACAACUUUGCACCAAAGGAAGAGUAUUUGAGGCCUUUCUAAUUGCUAUAUGGCCUCAGCCUAAUCUUCCCACAACACAUUGCUCCCACAUCCUCCCUACGGUGGCUUUCCAGCCUCCGUUUUGCAUUGCUCUACCUUGCUGCUUUGAUGGCCUAAUGACAGGGAUGGCUGGCAAAACCAAUUCAGUCAGCAGACCCUUGUGGUUUCUGUUCCAAGAAGAGAGUUGUCCAUCCCCACCACUGAGCUGGACUGAAGUUUGGCAACUUGUCUAUUGUUUACAGCGUGUAUAUAAGUGUACAUUUCCUUUAGCAGACAUUUGGAUUUUUUUUAUGUAUAGAUUUUUAUUUUUCAUCCUCAGAUGUAUUUAUUAGCCAGAGUAUUUCUGUUCCGUGAUCCAAGUUACUUUGGAUUUGAUGUAAGCGCUAUGAAAACUGAAUGCACAUAUUUUUGUUUGUACCAAAUACAUGCACAAUCCUGUCUA